AUGAGCCCCGCAGCCUCAACCCUGUCCCGAGACCAGCGGCCGACGGUCCGUCUGGAUCAGGGAGCCUUUAUCGGGACCACGCUCUCUGAACCUGAGUUCCCGCGCGAUGUGGAGGCGUUCCUCGGCGUGCCGUAUGCAAAGUGCCAGCGUUUUCGUCGGCCGGAGGCGCCGGACCAAUCUGGUGACUCGUUUGAUGCGGCCGAGUAUGGACCCGUGUGUCCCACCGCGGACCCGACGUACCCGGCGGAUGAAGAGGGGUGUUUGAACGCUAAUAUCUUCCGUUCGGCGGGAGCAGUGGUGGAAGGGAAGAAGGUUCCGGUUUUGGUGUAUACGCAUGGCGGUGCCUUCAACUUUGGGAGGGGAGGGGACAGGAACCUCGCGGCGUUUGUAUCGUACUCGAAGCGUGAUGUUGUUGCCGUGAGCUUCAAUUACCGCCUCGGCCCGCUCGGUUUCCUCCCGUGUGAUGUUGCUGCCGGGGAAGGCAUCGCGAAUCUAGGGUUGAUGGACCAGAGGGUGCUGCUCGAGUGGGUGCAGCGCAACAUUGGCAGGUUUGGCGGAGACGAGGAGGAUGUCACGGUCAUGGGCUUCAGCGCCGGGGCGCAUUCGCUCGGCCACCACCUCCUCUCCCCGCCCUCGCGCCGCCUCUUCCAUCGCGCCAUCCUCGAAUCCGGCGCCCCGACAGCCCGCUCCGUCCUCGCGGCCACGCACCCUCGUCACGAAGCUCAGUUCACCCGCUUCCUAACCCACGCAGGCCUGUCCAACCUCUCAUCAAAACCAGACGAGAUCCUGCCCGCUCUCCGCGUUCUCCCCCUCGAUAAAUUCCUCCAAGCCUCGCUGGCUACCUGGUCAGAGUGCGCCCCCUCGGUCCAAUGGCCCUUUCAACCAUCCAUCGAGGCAAGCAACAGAAGCAACGACAACGACAGCAGCAGCAGCAUAAUCCCUUUCGCCCCAAUCAAAACCUGGACCUCACCCACCCUCCUCCCUCCCCUCCCGCCCCUCCUGACAGGCUUCAACACCUCCGAAGGCACAAUGUUCGUGCCAGCAACAGCCUCCUCCCCAACAGCCCUCUCAGACUUCUUCUCCGCCCUCAUCCCGUCCCUCUCCGCCGCAGACCUCGCGACCCUGGAGAGCCUGUACCCGCCGCCGUCAACAUACCCGGCCCCGCCGACCGCUUCCCACGGCGCCCAGUUCCGGCGACUGGCGCAGGCAUACGGGCACUACGGGUACAUUGCCCCGCUCCUCCACUCGGCGCACUUUGCCUCCAAGAAGAAAACGGCCGGGGAAGCUGGUGCUGGCGCUGGUGCUGACGCACCCGCUCCGGUCUGGGUAUACGAGUACGCCGCGCACGCGGACCUCGCCGCCGCAAACCACGGCGACCACGUACCCGCCGCAACGCACGACACAGACAUCCUCACCUCACACAAGACGCCCGGCCUACUCGCCGUAUCGGACGCGAUGCACGCCCACUGGUCUUCCUUCGCCACGAGCUCCGAUCCCAACGGCGUCGACGUCGACCACGACUCCCGCGGCGUCUCCUGGCCCCCCUUCAUCUCCCCCUUUGGCGACACCGCCGCGGACGACUACAUCCCAAAACCAGCAGACGACCCCACCGAGACGAGGGGUAAGAUCCUCGUGUUUGGCGAGGGCAACGACGAGCUCAUGGGCCGUCUGGGUCAGCGGCGCCGGGGCGCCGUGGCGCGCGUGCGGACGUUAACGGAGGCCGAGGUGAGGCAGUUCCGAUUCUGGUGGGAUCGGGUUGGGCUGAGCGAGGGUAUGGGUGUUGCUGAAGAGGAGGGGUCCAAGUUGUAG